AUGUUAACUCAACAUGAAUAUGAUAAUAUUUCAUCUCAAAAAAGUUGUUACAGUAGUGACACUAAUGCAACAGUAUCAGCUAUACAAAGAUAUUUAACAACAGCAGCCCCGUCUAGUAUUUCUUCAUCACGUAUACAAAAUUCACCGCCUGAAAUACAAGUUCAAUCAUCUACAAAAGAAUUUCUCGCAAAACAUUUUCAUGAUGCAUAUCCAAUGUUUAAGAAACCGCGUGGACAAUGUUUAAUUAUAAAUGUAUAUAACAUUAAUGGAGCUAUUCGUCGUUGGUCCGAUUUAGAUGUGAAAUUAUUAAGUGAUCUUUUUCGUCAAUUAUACUUUAAUGUAAUUGUUUAUUCUGAUUUUAAUGGCGAUGAUCUUGGAGCAGAGAAUUUUAUGAAAAUUCUUAAACAAUUUUCUCAAUCAAAAGAACAUGUCAAUGCACAGUGUUGUAUUAUUUGCUUGAUGAGUCAUGGAGAGGAAGGUUCAUUAACAGUACAAGAUGGAAAAAAAAUUUAUCAUGAUCAUGUAUUUGAUCUAUUCAGUAAUGUAAAUUGUCCUAAUUUAGCUGGCAAACCAAAACUCUUUUUUAUUCAAUGUUGCCGUGAUGAUCCUGGAGUAGGUCCAGUUGAUGAUGCUGGUUGUCAUGUUCAGAUACCAUUAAAUGCAUCACUUGAUGAUCUUGUUUUUGAUGAUGAAUGUGAUAGUAUGCAACGACAUCAUUUACCAACGAUGACAGAUAUGCUUAUUGCAUUUCCUUCACAAAAAGGCUUUACGGCUUUUCGAAAACCACAUGUUGGUAGUUGGUAUAUGAAUGCUCUUGUUGAUAUAUUGGCACGGCACGCUAAAGAUACAGAUCUUUGUUCAAUGCUCAAUAUGGUUAACGGGUGUGUAUCACGCGAAGUAACAAAUAAAGGAAAGAAACAAACUGCAGAAUAUAAAUCAUCAUUUACAAAAAAAGCGUUUUACUUUUUUCCUGGUUUAACGGGGAAUCCAAUGGCACCAAUAGAUUAUUCCAUUCAUAAUCGAAAUGAUGUAAAUAGAAUUGGAUCAAUAUCGAGAAUGAAUAAUAUUGAUCAUCAGCAUGAUAGUUCAUCAAUGAAUUUUGAUAUAAUAAGAACUUUUUUCAUUGAAAAUCUUCUUGACAAAUGGAAAAAUCUUGCGCGAGAACUUGAUGUUAAUGAGAAUGAUAUUGAUAUUAUUUGUCGAGAAAAUGUUUCACCAAGAGAAAAAUUUUCUUUGAUCUUGGAUAUUGUUGCUAAAACGCGCGAUAAUAAUCUACGUCAAAUAUUAAUUGAUAUGCUCAAAAGUCUUCAACAAUGCCGACGAAUGUCAUAUUAUUAUCAACUUCAACAGAUGAUUGCACCAUAUUAUCCAGAUUUACAAUAA